AUGUCUGCCGAUCUGAAGCCCCUCCGCAUCGUCAUGGCCUGCGAUGAGGCCGGCCAGCCCUACAAGGAGACCCUGAAGGCUGCUCUUGAGAAGAACCCUCUGGUUGAGUCCAUCCAAGAUGUGGGCGUCAACUCCACCUCCGACAAGACUGCUUACCCUCACCCGGCUGUCGCUGGUGCCAAACUCAUCAAGGAGGGCAAGGCAGACCGUGGUCUCUUCAUCUGCGGUACUGGUCUCGGUGUCGCUAUCUCCGCCAACAAGGUGCCCGGCAUUCGCGCCGUGACAGCACACGACUCCUUCUCCGUCGAGCGCUCCAUCCUUAGCAACGACGCCCAGGUGCUCUGCUUUGGCCAGCGCGUUAUUGGCAUUGAGCUUGCGAAGAAGCUCGCCAACGAGUGGGUGACCUACCGCUUCGACCCCAAGAGUGCCUCCGCCGCCAAGGUGCAGGCCAUCUCCGACUACGAGAAGGAACUCGCCGGUACUGCUUAA